CCCACUCGCUGCUGUUUGCCGCAUAUUCACAAGGACCGGGGGAAAGAUGGACUGUUUGUAGGUGAAUUUCUCUCGACAUCAUCCGUGGAUCUGCUGUGCUCUGGACUUGAAUGUGACUGGCGUGGCAAUUAGCCAGACUUUCAGCGGAAGAGGCAAAGAGAUAAUUGAGAGAGAGAGAGAGAGAGAAAGUUCAGUGACUUGGAGGAGGGAAAGAGAAAGUUGAGAAUAAAAGUAGAGCUGGUGUUUACAUGGGUUUCCUGCUGGGGACUGAGGCGCUGUUCCGACCGGAUAGAAGUGCACUGAAGUGGGGGCAAAGUGACUUAAACAGAAUCAAUGGAUCGCCAUCCCAACUUGAUGGCUGUGUGGCUGAAAUUGAAAUUAUGUGUCAUCACCAUCCUGUUCACAAAAGGUGAAAUCAGAUGUUAUUGUGACGGACCACAGUGUGUAGCAACAGGCUACAUGUGCAAGUCCCAACUCUCUGCCUGUUUUACCAGACUACUGGACCCCCAGAAUAUCAAUUCACCCUUAUUACAUGGCUGUAUGGAUGCUUUCUCCAACACGACAGAGAUCUGCCAAUCGCAAGGUUCCUACCACCAUAAAGGACACUGGUCACUCUUAGAGUGCUGCUGGGAAGAUAUGUGUAAUUAUAAAGGGCUACAGGAAGUUUUGCUGCAUUCUAGGAAUAGCAUGUCAGAUCGACGAGCCAAUAAGCGGACCUCUGGGAACAGGAACCUGGCCUACCGGCAAGAGGUGAAUGCCAAGGAGAUUUGGUUCAGGGCAGCUGUGAUAGCUGUGUGCAUAGCGGGCGCUUUCAUCCUGGUGCUGCUGGUCAUGCUAGCCCUGCGAAUGCUGCGAAGUGAAAACAGGCGUCUGCAACGGCAGCAUGAGCAAAUGAUCUCACGGCUGCACUACAGCUUUCAGAAGCCUCCUGCUGAAAAAUUCCUGGUCGGGAACUUGGACCAUGAAGCGACAGCCAUGUCUGCCAGAGACCACGAAAACUACUGCAUGGUGCAUAACAAGCAACAGCACUUGGACCCAUACAGUGAAAAUCAGAGCUCAUUUUUUCCAUGGGAUGUGCACAAUGUCCAUAAGAAGCCAACCGUGGUGUGACUAUGGGUGUUUCUGCCGAACCAUUAACUUGCCUGGUAAACCCCCAAGACCCACAGCUAACCAUUGCAAGUUUAAAAUGGGGAACUUGUUUUCACAAAAAAUGCAGUCAUGAUUAAUAGUGAAACAAUUGGCACUGAUGUUUUGUAGUUUGUGAUUUGGUUUGCUGCCAAUUUCUGAGUUGCUGUUUUUGAUGCCCUGGCACUUUUACUUGCCAAUAUCCAUUUAUUUGAUCCCACUGGGGUUGGAGGCGAACGGGGACAAUGUGGUAUAGAGCGUAAAGUUUUCCUCUGAUCUAACUGCCAGACUGUAAACUUCCAAUGACACCAUACUGAGUAAGAAUUUCAAAUACUGAUGGAUGAAGCAUGUCAGGCCUAUUUACAGACACACACCUUCUAAGCAAUAAAUGUAUUAUAAUGUACAAUGUAA